AUGAACGUCGGCAACAUACCCAACAUGAAUGCCAUGGGUGGCCCUGUGGGAGGCGGAGGUCCCAUGCCCAUGCCGAUGAACAACGGCGCAAUGGCCCAGGUACAGCAAACACAACAAGCACAGCGACCCGAACCGAACCACAGGACCAUCCUGAACACCUACAUCUACGACUACUUCCUGAGGGAAAACAUGUUCGACUGCGCGCGCGCCAUGCUCAACAGUAACCAGGAGAUCAACGUCGCCAAAGACAGUCCCGGCCGCCGCCGCGACGAGAACGGAAGUGUGGGCAACGGGCUCGGCGACGCUCCCAUGGAUACGGAUAGCAAGGACGAUAUGGACUCAAAACGACCCAACGACCUGCCCGCCCCAAACCUUCCCGCGUCUUCCGACAGCUGUUUCCUCUACGAGUGGUUCUGUCUGUUCUGGGACAUGCUUGGCGGACAACGUACCAAGCAGGCCAGCAACCCACAAGUGAAUCAAUAUAUUAAUUAUACACAGCAACAAUCACGGUUAAAGUCGACGGCCCAGCAGGAUAUGCUUCGCCAAAUGCGACCAGAUGGGCCCAACGGCAUGCAGUUCAACCCUAUGGUGCAACGCAUGCCAAACGGCAUGGCUAUGAACGCGAAGCAGAACAACCUAGCAAGGACAGCCAUGGCCAACAACCAAAAUCCCCAAGCCAUGCAAAUGCUCCAGCAAAAGCAGAACCAGAUGCAGCGUGAUCCGUCGGAUAUGGAAGGGAACAACCGCCGGCCAGCAUCUCCUGGGUCCAAUGACAACGCGCCGUCGCCGAGCAAGAGACCACGACUCGACGGCAAUACCCCGUUCAACCCCCAACAAGGAGGCAUGAUGAACAACGCGCGGCCGCAGCAAGCCAUGCCGGGGCAGCAACAGGUGGGCAUUGGCCCCAACGGAGCAGCGUCGCAAACUCAGCAACUGCUCAUGAGUCACGGAAUCAACCCGCAAACGCUGACUCCUCAGCAGUUCCAAAACUUUGCAAACCAGCCCGCCCAAAACCAGCAGAAAUCCAUCCAGGCGUAUGCUCAGAAUCUCCAGCAACAACAAGCCCAGCAGAUGCCCAACAAGGUCAUGCCAAACCCGGGUGCCCCUCAAGGACAAGGCUCGCCCAUGAUGGCUCAGGGGCCCAACAGCGCCGAGCUGACCAACUUCUACAACCCUGGUGACAUGCCCGGCAACGGCGCCAUGCGACCAGGGCCCGGCGGUAAUGGUCAAGGGGGUGGUAGCAAUCACGCACUGCAGGACUAUCAGAUGCAGUUGAUGCUGCUCGAACAGCAGAAUAAGAAGCGCUUGAUGAUGGCCCGGCAGGAACAGGACAGCCUGGGCGGCUUGCCCCGAGGUGAUGGACCGGCCGGACCUGGAGGUCCCGGCGGCCCCGGUGGACCCAACGGCCAACCAUUCGCCGACGCAUCGCCCCAGGCACAAAGGCCAGGCGCCUCUCCGAAUCCGAGCGAGCAGAUGAAGCGGGGUACCCCCCAAAUGAACCCAGCCGGCAUCCCCUCGCCAAUACCCGAGGGUGCGCAAUCACGCGGGUCUCCCAACCCCAUGAGCUUCAUGCCGCAACAGAUGGAGCCCAACAUGGCGCCGCACUUUUUCAAACCCGGCAUGGACGGCAGCGUUAACAACAAUAUGGCUGCUCCGUUCAACGGUCAGAUGAACCCGCAGAUGAUGAGGGCUGGACAGCAGGGUGGACAGGGUGGCCCUCAAAUGCAAUGGCAGAAUGGCCCUAACGGUGCCAACCCCAUGGCGCCUCAGGGUGGUCCCCAAGGGCAGGUCCAGGGCACGCCGCAACAGAGAGCGAUGCCGCCGCCGUCGGCGCCGGCAUCUGGCAACGGUCCCAACGGUCGAACCCAGCCUUCGUCGCCAGCGCAGAGCAAUGCCGCUCCCCCUACGCCCCAACAAUCGAACAAGGCCGCGCCCAAGAAGAAAGACACCAAGGCCACCAAAAGCAAGGCUGCGGCUUCAAAGAAGAAUACAACAACCGGUGCAACACCAGUGUCCGAAGCGUCUCAGGAGCCAGAAACCCAACAGCCCGCGACGCCCAUCACGCCCGUCAACCCUGGAGGUUUUGCCAAAAACGGCCAAAACGGAGGGGGUGCGCAGCCGAUGCCUAAUGCGCAGACGUCUGCCGCUCCUUCCGCGCCAGUGCCAGUGGCACCACAACAUGCUGAUCCCGCCCAGGGUGGCUUCGGUAUGGAUAUGAAUGGCGGCAUGGUCGACUUUGGCCCAUUGGAAUUCGCAAAUAAUGGACCGGACGUCCUGCAAGAUUUCGACUUUGACAGCUUCCUGCAUGACGGUGAGACCGGCGGCGACUUCGACUUCAACAAUGGUUUCGGUCUAGAAGGCGCAGGCGAGAUCGGUGCCGAGUAG